AUGGGUGAAGAACUGACCCAACUUCCCAAGGGCAAGGGACUGAUACUUGAGGAAAAAAUAUAUCCUGACUAUUCCGAUGUAAAUAGCCAUGGGGAUAUUAUUGUUAAAGAAGAUCGGGGAAACAUCGAGAUUAUAAAUCAGACAGGCGAAAGCAAGGUGGUUAAACUACCUGAACCUGAACCCAUUGUCGUUGAAGGUAAAGUUGUUAAGCAACGUAUUUCAAGUCUUGCUGUUGAUAAGAAUAACAAUGUUUACGUGGUGAGAUGGGUUCGAACAAGUACGGAAAAUGGCUAUGUGGAAAGUUACGUGUUGACUGUACUGGACGAGAACUACAAUGUGAAGCAGGACUCCCGCACAUUGGAAUUUCUGGACACAUCAUGGUAUGAUGUGAAGAUCGCCAUAAACAAGAACAAUAAUAUCAUCAUGAUGAAAGGCAAUGACCUCCAGGUAUAUGUCUGUGACAAUACUGGAGAAUUAAAGCACAAGUUUGAACGAAGCUCACGUUUUGCACGCAGCUUGGGUAUUUCUGGGCAGGAUGAAAUCAUGAUACCACUCGACGGUGACCGGGCUGUGGAGAUAUACUCCGAGGAAGGAAAUCUGAAGUCGACAAUAAAACUACCAGAAGGUCACGAGGUCCGUGGGUUGGCAUUUCAUUAUGUUAUUUGUAAAAUAAUUGUCUUAACCUAUGUCCAGAAAAAAUAUUCCUAUUUCCUUCUGUGCUACUCUGAAGCAGGUGAACUGGAGACCACAACGUUGUUUUCUAAAAUUGGCGAUGGAUAUCGGCCCAAAAUUAGGUCUCAUCCAAGUGGUCCUGUUGCUAUUGUAAGGGUGGAAACGAUCACUUUCUUGUGA